UUCUCCCGUUUAUACUCCUAAACAGGAGCACAAAUAACCUGUUUUAUUUCAAAUAGUAAACUAUUCAGAAGUAAUACGCCAAGUAUUAAGAAUGCUGUGAUCUAAUAACAUUUAUCUGAUUAUAUAAAAAAGUGUCUUAUAAAAGUUUGUUAAAACACUAAAAAUGAAAAAACUUUUGUGCUAUAAUUAUUCAAAAUUGUGUUUCCCAAUCUUUUUACUUUUCUUCGUACUAUGCGCCGAACAAUCGUCAGGAAAUCCCGAUGCAAAAAGACUGUACGAUGACCUUUUAAGUAAUUAUAAUAGGUUAAUUAGGCCUGUGAGAAAUCAUUCUACGAAUAUUCUUGUAAAACUGGGAUUAAGAUUGUCGCAGCUAAUUGAAUUAAAUUUAAAAGAUCAGAUCUUAACUACUAACGUCUGGUUGGAGCAUGAAUGGCAUGAUUAUAAAUUUAUGUGGGACCCUCAAGAAUACGGGGGAGUGUCAGAACUCUAUGUUCCAUCAGAACACAUUUGGUUGCCUGAUAUUUUACUAUACAAUAAUGCUGACGGUGAAUAUGUCAUUACUACAAUGACAAAAGCAGUAUUAAGAUAUGAUGGCAAAAUUCAAUGGACGCCACCUGCAAUUUUUAAAUCUUCUUGUGAAAUCGAUGUUAGAUAUUUUCCUUUUGACCAGCAGACAUGUUUCAUGAAAUUUGGAAGUUGGACUUACGGAAGUCAGAUCGAUCUGCAACAUAUAAAUCAAAAACCUGGAGAAGAUAUCGUAGAAGUUGGGAUAGAUUUGAGGGAGUAUUAUCCUAGCGUCGAAUGGGAUAUAUUGGCCGUCCAUGCAGAAAGACAUGAAAAGUUUUAUCCCUGUUGUCCAGAGCCCUAUCCAGACAUUUUCUUUAACAUAACAUUAAGAAGAAAAACACUGUUCUACACUGUAAACUUAAUUGUACCAUGCGUUGGAAUAUCUUAUCUAUCGGUCCUAGUAUUUUACCUCCCAGCGGAUUCCGGUGAAAAAAUUGCCCUCUGCAUCAAUAUUCUCUUAUCACAAACCAUGUUCUUUUUACUAAUAUCAGAAAUUAUACCUUCAACAUCACUAGCCCUGCCGCUUCUUGGGAAAUACAUAUUGUUCACAAUGGUUAUGGUAGGAUUCUCAGUAGUCAUAACGAUUAUAAUUCUAAAUGUGCACUACAGAAAACCGAGUACUCAUAAAAUGGCUCCUUGGGUUAGAAGUUUCUUUAUAAAAUCGGUUCCAAAAUUACUGCUAAUGAGAGUACCGAAAGAUUUGCUCACAGAAUUAGCAGCUCGAAAAAUACCGUCGAUGAGAAUUCAAGGUAAAACAAUGAGGGAUUUAGAAGCUUUGUCUCCAAGUAGAUCGUCCACAUCCAGUUCAUCUAGUUCUAGCAGAAAUAGAGGCAGAGGCUGUAAUGGAUUGCACUCAACAUCUGCUACAAACAGGUUACGGGGGUUUGCAGGAGCCCUAAGUGGAAGAUCGGGUUACAAUGGACUUCCAUCUGUGUUCUCUGGUUUGGAUGAAAGUGAUUCUGGAACUAGAAAAAAGUAUCCUUUCGAACUGGAGAAGGCAGUUCACAAUGUUAUGUUCAUUCAGCAUCAUAUUAUGAGACAAGAUCAAUUCAAUGCGGAGGAUCAAGAUUGGGGUUUUGUAGCUAUGGUACUCGACAGAUUGUUCCUUUGGAUAUUCCUCAUAACAUCAUUGGUGGGCACAAUUUCUAUUUUAUGUGAAGCGCCAUCUCUGUACGAUGAUACGAAACCGAUUGACAUGGAACUCUCAUCGGUCGCUCAACAACAAUUUUUGCCAGAUUUAGAGUUUUGAGCACGGCAUUAAGUCAUAAAGUUGUUAAACUAUAUCACACAGAAUUCUGAAAAGACAAUCUUGUAAUAACACGUUUCAGGACGACUAGUUAAAAUAUUAGAAAAAUAAAUUAUAAGAAUAUAUUUGUAUAUUAAUUUGUUAUAUUAAGUUACUAAGUACGUACAGGAUUUUCAAAUUUUUUUAGUAAUAAUACCUGCAGGCUUACCUAUUGAAGGGAGCUAUUAUAAUCUUUAAAUCUAGAACUCGUAGUAAUAUUUUACGUGAACCUCCAGAAGGUAAAAUAAAAAUAAACAAAAAACGAUCAGAAAGUUAAGAAAAAAUAUAUAACUUCAGUACUGUUAAUGGAAUAACCCUGUAUAUGUUUUUUUAUUUCUCUUCUUAUCGUUUCAAACAUAUAUAAUUUCUCCAUAUCUGUGUAAAUCAUUUUUGAAUUAUUGUGGUUUAAUCAAUGCAACUGCUAAAACACAAAAUGCAUAAUAACAGUUGUCUCUAAAGCUAUGCUUUUUGUGUAUGAACAAAAUAAUUCAAAAAUGGUUUCCGCAAAUAUACCGUAGGUGGUGCAUCAUCGUUGGAAACAUAGGAAGUCCUAUGCAAAUUUUGAACUGUCUGGUUUGGUUAAAAGUCGUAAAUAGAUUUUUAACGGUCUACGUUUGGUAAACACACAUUCCAAAUUGGAACCAUUAUGGACAAGCCGAUUUUAAGUACUUUUUAGAAAAACUAUAAAAACAUCUAUUUUUAAAUUAAAACUGAACAGGUAACAAUCAAACACCAGUCAAAAACCGACAUACAUUAAGUUGUCAACGUCAUUUUCAAACUUAAUUUUAAUAAAAUUUUAAUAUUCAGUGUACUAAUGGUGUACAAGUAAUAAUUUUUUGUUAUACAUAUAAUAGAAUAGAUAGAUAAAAUAGACUAAAUAGCUUAGACUUUGUAUUUGACAUGUUUCUUUAUCUUACACUGUUUUUUUAUAAACCUAAGGUACCGAUAUAAUCGAAUAAAAACGGCGUCAGCGAUGGCUAUGAAAUGAAGAUCGCUGUCAUUUUAUAUGUAAAUUUAUAUAGGAAAUGCCAUCGAUCGUCAUUUCCAAGCCAACUGGACGCCGUUUUUAUUCGAUCAUAGGGUAUGUCAGAUUUUGACUGGUGUUUGAUUGUUAACUGUUCGGUUUUAAGAUAAAAAUGGAUACAAUCUUUUCUAAAUUGCUUAAAAUCGGCUGGUCCUAAAUUGUUCAAAUUUGGUAUGUGUAUUUACCAUACAUAAACUUUUAAAAAAUAUAUUUAAGGCUUCGCUGUACAGGGGAGUAAUGUUUGAAGAAAGUUCAAAAUUUGCAUGGGAUUUCCUAUGGGGUUUCCAGCAAUGAUGUACCGUAUAAACCCAGUGGGUUUAAAAAUACGACACUAUCGUUAUGAAAUACGUUUGAAAUCGGAAGAAAAAAAAAUUGAAAAGUAAAAUAAAAGACAUAAAUUAUUCUUAAGUUUCUGAUCGCUUUUGAGGUAUCGCACUAAAUUUACUCUGUAAUUCCAGUACAAAUACAUUGCGUUCUAUCCUUUUGUUUGAUAUUAAAUAAUAUUCUAAAAUUUUCAAUUAUAUUAUUAUAUAUACACUUUAUUGUGUUUAGUGCGUAAAGCAAAGGUGUCAAAAAUGCCUGAUGUGAUAUAUAUUUACAUAUAUGUACCUAAGGGACAUAAGUUUGCAGUUAUCUUUCUUUAUUUAUUGAUAAAAUAAGUAUAUAAAAUAAGUACAUUUUUCUAAUUUUUACUAUUAUGAAAACUUUUUUUUAUGAUAUUCACGAGUUUUAAUGUGUUUACUAAUAUAGAAUUAGAUAGUAAUUAUGAACAUUCAUCUAGUUUACCUACAAUGUUAUAAAGUUUGCAUAACAAAUGCUACUGUAUUAUACUUAAAGAAAAUUUAAUUAUCAUUGCUUAGUCAUAUUAAGAAUCAGGUAUCAAAAUAAUACUUACUUAAAUAACUUAUUGACAGUAGUACAUAAUAACACAUAUGUAUAUUAACAUUCACAGCCUCAUUGUUUUUAUCUGUUAAAAUAAAUACACUAAAAAAAACAAAUAUAGCUCAUACCAAAUAAACUUUUAGUCACGUGAUUAAGCUUGGCCGGCACAGCGUUGCCCACUUACUUUAAUAUAUUUUCUUUUAAUCAAAAUAUUUUAG